CGCUGGGCUUCCAAGGAGGCAGACGCCCACACGUCCAGGGAGGGGGAGAGCUCCGCACCCUUCCCAUCAGGGCGGUGGAAACGCUGACGGCGGCCCUGACCGAUCCAUCUCAGCGGACGUCCAAGGAGCCACAAGGGGAUCCGGCUGAUCGUCCCGCAGGGACACCGCAAGCUGUCAGCUUUCAAAAUGGCCUCAGUCAGAAGAUGGAGUGCUUCAGCCCUGAGGACCGACUGGAAAAGCUUCACUUCCUCUGGGAAGCCUUUGAACUCCUGUUGAUGAAGGAGUCCACCCGAUCUUACCUCAUAGAGAGUGGGCGUGACCUGCUGCAGAAGCUAAUCGUGUUGGAUGAGCAGCCCUCUCUCUGGGACUCUGCCAGUUUGUCUCCCACCACCACCAUCAAUGACAACACGCUGCAGAGGGUUGUGGUGGCUCUGAGUGGACAGCCCAGCAAUUUUAUUGAAGCCUACGACAACCUGAUUUCAUUUGUGCAACAGCCUUCCAACUGGGACACGCUGACCAAGGAGCUCCAUGAGGCAGGAGUUGCAAAUAUUAAUUUCUACGAUGUAGUGUUUGGCUUUAUUGCCUUCAAGCUCUUUCGUGAGGCCGAGGAGGUCCCGGAGAAAUUACGGAGAAUCAUAGGCAGCGACCAGAUAAGCAGACCCUUGAAGAAAAUGACAGUCCUGGUGUACUGCUGGUCCCAGAGCAGGAAAAAGAGACUUUCGUGGGUGGAACAGUCCGGCUUUCUCUAUUAUUUGUACUAAAUGCUGGAUUGCCUUUCUCCAGCGUUGACCUGGGCAGCAAACGAGACAGAGAGAAAGCAGAAGGCCUUCUACUGUUUCCUCAAGGAGCAGGUCCUGUCCUUUUCGGAAAGCCUGCUGAGCCUGGCAGAGAGCGGCUACCCAGACCCUGAGGGGCUGGCCCGCUGCAUCCUGGAGAACCUCACCGAGAGGAUGGACGCUUUGCUGGCUGACGGGUGAAAACCACAGCUCCAGAGGGCCUGGCAGGUGAGGGAGGGGGGUGGGGGAGCGAGGGAGAGGGGCUGACCCCUCAGCUCAUUAAAAAGGAUCGACUGCAA